AUGUUCGGAAUGAAAAUACCUCCUUCUGCUUCAUCCGAUAUUAUGUUGAGCGAAGUAAUCCUUAUAUUUCUUGUAUUAACAAUAUGGUUAUCAGCUAUUGGCUUUUGUUUGCACCAGUAUAAAACAUUGAGACGAUUAGAAACACAAGUACACUAUUGCGUUAGUCGAAAAGAUCCACAAAAUAUUGGUAAUAUUAAAAUUGUAGCACGUGAACAAGAUUCUAUUAUAUAUAAGAAAAAACGUUAUUCAACUACCUCAGAUACAAAAAUAAAUCGUGAUAAAUCCCAUUAUAUCCCAACAACAACAACAACGGAUAAGCAUUUUAUUAUACAAAAUGAAUCGAAUGGUAUAAGAUUGUCAUCGACAGCAAUGUUUGUGUUACCUACUCAACAUGAAGAUAUUAAUGAAUCAGAAAAUGUUAACGAAAAAUUCGAUGAUGACAUUACUUCAUCAUUGACCAGUAGUGCAAGAUAUUUAUUACCGAACAGAAAAGUACACAGUCUAUCAAAUGCGUCAGCAUUGACUGUCCCAGUGCCAUUAUCGACACCAAGCACUUUAGAUUCAUCUUGGAAUAGUCAUUUUUAUGAAACACGUCACUCAACUCAGCAUCUUUGUGUACCCAGUUUAAGAUUAAAUCGCUUAUCCGACGGGAACAUUUCAUUACCUGUUCCAUCGAUGAGAAACAAAGAUCAGCAACAACACGAUAAUCCACCAACGAACGAACAAUUACUCAAUCCGUGUCUUAUAUCAAACACUGUUCGACGUAGUUUACUAGCACUGCAUCGUGAAUCUCAGGAAAAUAUGAUACUACGGCAUAAAGAAAAAACUCAAAGUGAAAGUGACGUUCACGGAAAAUUUAUACCAUGGAAAAUAAAAAUGAAAUUUAAAUUGAAACGUUCAGCUCAAAACAAACAACAUACAAAAAACAUACCGACUAAUGAUAAUUCAUUCGAUUCACAUACACAACAUCGUCUGUCAACUGCUCCAUCACCUCCGGUGAGUUUAUCAAAUCCCACAACGGUACAACCAUCAAAAACUAAGAGACGAACUCUAAAGCAUUAUCCAAAAUAUUCGACACAAAGUCACGAAAGUCCCGACAGUAGUAUGGAUAAACCGAUGUCCGAACAACCAGCAAGUAUCAUGAUGCUAAACGAAUAUAUCGGAUCGACAACGAUGACUGUAAAUGAUCAACUUGCACAAGACAACUGUGAUCGAAAGAAAACUCAAAAUAUGCCUCGUUAA